CACACUGCGCAGGUGCGAGAUCGCUCCUUCCCCACACUGCGCAGGUGCGAGAUCGCUCCUUCCCCACACUGCGCAGGUGCGAGAUCGCUCCUCUUCACACUGCGCAGGUGCGAGAUCGCUCCUUCUUCACACUGCACAGGUGCGAGAUCGCUCCUUCUUCACACUGCGCAGGUGCGAGAUCGCUCCUUCUUCACACUGCGCAGGUGCGAGAUCGCUCCUUCUUCACACUGCGCAGGUGCGAGAUCGCUCCUUCUUCACACUGCACAGGUGCAAGAUCGCUCCUUCACACUGCGCAGGUGCGAGAUC